GAAUUUAAUGCAAUCAUUGCCUGAUCUCUACCCUAACAUUAAAAAAGAAGUAAAGUUAAAGAUUUCAUGUGAUAAAGACAGUUAUGAUCCCAACGGUUGCACCGGACCCGCACUCUUCAACAUAGAGUUCAUCGAAGCGACACUAAAUCAACACUCUUUGAAAUCAAUUGAAAGAAACCGAAUCGACUUCGAGAACACAAUCGCACAGCUUAUCGAAACGCCUUCAAGUAAAGUGGUUUUGGCCUCACUUUUCAUCGAGAAGAGCAUUCCAAUAUUAUUGAAUUCCUAUGACUUCCAUAACGAAGACACUCAUAUAGAGAGAUCUCUUUUGGGUUCGAUAUUGUCGUGGAUUAAUGACACCAAUUAUAUGUAUCCGCCCUCUAAACGAAUGUUCACUAAUUUGCUCGACUCUUUGGGAUCGAUUGCUGAAAUACGUUGCGAUGAAACGAAUCAAUUUGUUUUGGAAACGGCUAUAAAUUAUCCGAAAAUAAUUGAAUACAUGGCUCCACGACUGUUGCCAUCAAAUACAUCGACGCAAUGUUUCCUCAAUAUGUAUCAACUAAUUGAACAAAAGUUAACUAAAACACCGCCUCAGGUGUCGUUUGUACUUCUCAGCAAAUUUGAUGUCUCACUUUGGUUCCGAAACGCAUCCCACGAACAGUGCUUAUCAUUAAUCCAAGUGUUAGGCAAUGCUCUCAAUAGCUUCGGGAAUAAACCGAAAGAUGAAUAUCUAAUGGUUUUUGGGUUAUAUCGAAAGCAUUUACAAUAUGCCUUAAUAUUCCGGUUUCCGCAAUAUCUGCCCGACGUCUUCAAUAUUCUUCUCAAAAGAAUGAAAGAGCAGUCAAUAUCUCCGUGCCUUUGGAACGAUGUGUUGCUUUCGUUUGGUUUCUUUAUAACACAAGAAGACGUGGAUUUGUCUCACUUUUAUCUGGAAUUAAAGAAAUACUCCAAUAAUCAGCCGUUGUUUACAGCGAAUGAGCUUUUUGACAUUUUGUCUUUAAUGUCAACACAUCUGUCAGAAGCCUAUCGUGAGAUUUCAGUCGAAUUUCUCGAUCACUUCAAGAUUUAUAUUCAACAAUAUUUGACACUAAUUUCAACGCUUUCAUUCUGUUGGCUGAACGCCAACUCCCGAAUGCCUCCCUGUGAUAUUCUCAACGUUUGGCGUCCAUUCUAUGACAACUGGAAUGCCGAAAUCGAUAUGCAAUCGAUUCCUUUCGAGUUAUUGACGGCAACUAAAGUGCAAUCUAUCGGUCAAGUGAUCGUUCGUGUGAUCAAAUUGAAGUCAUACUUCUUCGAGUCUAAUAACACGAGUCAUAGCUUUCUGUUAGGUUUACUCAAACAGAUUUGUCUUCUCUCCGACACUGAUAUCAAUGAUGAGGACUGGCUUUUGAAGCACAAGUAUUACGCAAACUCUAUCUCAUAUUUGCUCAAAGACUUGAGUUCUGGUGACAAUGAAUUGGUUACUAAAUAUCCGCUUGAAAUCAGAAAUUUCAUAACCAAGUGUUUCGAAGACUUGAGACCUGCUUUCCAAUCAGAUAUUGAAAGCAGUGAACGGAUAAACCUAUUCAAUCAACUAUUAAAUAGUUUGAAUGAUAUAUCAAAUGAAGAUAUCAGAAGAAUAGUGUCGGAACAGUACGCCAUGUGUUUUAACUUCGAAAACCCCAACAUUAUCUGUGAUUUGAUUCAAUCCACGUGUCAAACAGUCAAACAUAUUCCCAGCUUUUUAUCCUUAAACGAGACAUACAUUUAUAACUACUUCAGAGUCGAAGGAAACAUAUCGAAUCUGUUAGUGAUAUUCGAGAUCCCAAACAAUACCGAAGACUUUAUGGUCGGAUGCGUUACGAAGAACGCAUCGCUCACUUUGACCAUACAUUUCUUGAGUAAAUUGGUUGCUAUUGAAGAUACGAAGCGUUUUGUGUCCGGUUUGAUGAACUGGAGCUCUCAGUUAAGGCCGAAUGCUGACGAUGAAUCAAAAGUGUUGUUACUUUGGUUUAAAGUGUUGACAAUAAGUGAGAGUUUGGUCGAUAACGAAGAGGAGUCUAUCGAAUUGAUUCACUCGAUUCACAAGUUUUGCAAGAAUUUGUUUGAUGUCGUCGAGGAAUCAGUAUAUCAGGGAUUCCUGUCAUUCAUGAGAACCAAUCGGAAAUCAUUUUCCGAAAGGUGUACUGUUUUGAUACUCUGUUUAUCACUUCACGGCAUUAAACAUCUAAAUGAUUGCAUCUCUCGGACGAGUCCACUGAACGCAGAGCUAAACACUGUCUAUAAGUCAGCUCUAAAUAAACUCCAGAGUCUAAAGAAAAACAAAUCAUUUGUCGAGUUAUUGCCAUUAAUAGAGAACAUGGGAUCUGUUUUGGACAGAAGUGAAUCGACAGUAGAGUCGACUCAAUUGAUCAAACAAUCGCUGAUGGCUUUCUAUUCGGACAAUUCCUGUCUCACAGCUAUUAUCUAA